AUGGAAUUCGUGUGCCAGUAUGAUGUAAGAGAAAUUCUGGGUCAAGGCUCUUUCAGCGAAGUAAAAAAAUGUAUCGAUAAAAGGACGAGACAAGCCUUCGCAGUAAAGGAGAGAGUUUACAAUACCGACGAGCAGAAAGAAAGAAUCAAGACAGAGAUACAGGUGAGGUGAAAUAUUCAUAGAUCGGCGAAAAGUUCUCAGUGAAGGUAACACUCUCUAGAGUUCCGAUUACGCCGGGGAAUUCGACGGACUAGGAAUACGCUCGUGAAGUUAUAUUCAGCCGAUUACUUUAAGUACUUAGUGGCCUUGUUUAUGGUUGUAUUGCAUAGAGUGAAAAGAUUGGACAAAAAACCAUCAUUUGCAAUAUUGAACGUUUAUUCCGCCCGUAAUUUCUGACUGAGUAGCAGUUCGGUUUUCGUACCUUUAAAAUGUCGAGGUGUUUCUCUGAAAAACAAUAAUAACUAUGAUAAAUAACGCAUAAAAAUGAAUGUAAAGUGUUAAUGAUCUUAAGCGUGCGAUGUAAAAAUAAAUUUAUCUCCUGUUUCUAUAAGAGACAAUUGAAGUUCUGUAGGAAUGGUGAGGUCACACCACCCUUAAAGCUAUUCAGUAUCUUAAGGAAUUAUAAACAAAGUACUUUGAUGCCGUGAAAUCUGCCAAACGAUCAAACUUUUUUGGAAAAUGAGUUUUCUACCCCUUGAAAGUCGAUUAUAGAUCCUUUUUUACCUAGAUUCGUUUAGACCACACAAUAAAUUAAAGUAACCACCGAAUUGUUCCAUCGUUUUGAUAAGCUAAUGACUUAAUAACUACCGUUUUUUAACAAAAGAAAUAUAUAAAGAUGGACAAGUUAAUGACGACAUCUUAUUCUUUUUAGAAGAAUAGCAGUUGGUCAGUUAAUGCACUUGCGGCUAAACUAUGGAAAAAAAAGAGGAAGUCGGUUUUUGAACUACGUGCUCAACAUAACGUGAUUUUCUGCAUCUUUUAAGAACGAUUUGCAUCUUAAUAAUAUGCAUUAGAGAUAAAUCAAAAUAUAUUUUCUCUUUCAAUAGUCUGAAAUAUGAAAAGUUAACGAGAAAAGCCUUAGCGUAGGUCCCGUGUGGCUGAGUUAUGACUCGUGUUUAGUUUUGUUAUCACACAAAGUCAAAAGUUGAUUAGUGGACCGCUUCAAAUUAAAAACUUCAAGAACAGACGUCUUGUCAUCACGCAACGUGAUGUGCUGAAUUUAAAUGCUUAUAUCAAUUUUUUCUUGGUCGCCAGGAGUGCAUGAAACAACUUGCAAAAGAUUUACUAAAUUUUAAAUUAAGUUGCAUACGUGAUUUUCUUUUCCUUUUUUUGUCGCCUAGAAACUUCUUGCCGAAAUGGAAGAUUUAGCCGGAUUAACUAAAUUAAUUUGCCUGUGCUUUAAGCUCAGUCCAAUAACCUCUUUCGCGCCUAAGAAGACAUGUACGUCGCCUCUCGUCUCCUAGAAGCCGCCACUUUCACAUGUAAAUUUCCUUUUGACAAUAAAUGUUAGUCAUGUCAGAGACCCUUUCAGGAUAAAGACGCUGAAUGUAAGAUUAGUAGAUAAGUUUUUGUUUUUUUUUCUUUAAAUCACUGUACAUGGCUGCGUGCAUUUUUUUCGGUGGCGUGGUACGGCUCCUACUUCGCACCUCCAGUCGCACGUAAGGAGUCAGUUUCUACUCUGGUGCAUUUUAAUUUGAUCGAUGGAUAAAGAUAAAAAGUACCUUACGCGAGGUUUCUUUCUGGCAUGGCUUUUAACAGAAGUCGUUUGAAGUCGCCGCAUAAAAAAAAACAACUAAGCGACGUGAACGACUUCGUAAAUGUUACAAGCCAUUUUGAAAGACUGAAUCCCAAGCAGCGUGGACAUGAGUAUAGUUAAUGUACAUCUGUAAAGUAAGUAUGAGUGGGAAUACCGCCAAAAAAGAGCCGGAUCAAAAUUUUUCCCACGGCCAGGCAGUCUAUACAUAUGGUGUCGCUGCAACAUUGAGAUGAAUUUUUUCUUCCACCAGAUUCUUCAGGAAAUGAACCAUCAUAAUAUUCUCAAGCUGCACCACGCUUAUCCUGCGUUCGAUCGAUAUUACCUCGUUAUGGAGUUGGCGUGUGGUGGAGAGCUCUUUGAGGACUUGGUGUCGAGAAAUGCUUUCUCUGAGAGCACUGCGCGAGAAGUCAUGUUGCAGCUAUUUAGCGGGGUACAAUACAUACACAGCCUUAGAAUUGUUCAUAGGGUAAGGAAAGUGACUUACAUUAUAGGUCUUGAUAGUUAUAAGAUUCUGGAAAAUUGCCCACCUACCCUUCCCCCAAGCCAAACAAUUUGCCCCCAAGUGAGAAGUCAGAGUGGAACCCGAUCAAUACGGACGCCAAGGUUGGGUCAGUUGGCAGAGUGCCAGUCUGCUGAGCGGGAGAUCGCGGGUUCAAACCCCGGCCGGAGCAACACUAAGGGUCUUAAAUAACUGAGAAGAAAGUGCUUCCUUUGUAAUGACAUCUGCAAAUGGUUAGACUUUCUGUUCUUCUCGGAUAAGGACAAAAAACCGCAGGUCCCGUUUCACAGCACUUUCACUUAUCUGGUUCUUGUAGGACGUAAAAGAACCAAAACCAUUAUUCGAAAAGAGAAGGGGACGAAGACCCCGGUGGUAUGGCCAACCUUUCCUGGACUGGGUGGGUUAUCUGUAUGAUCCUCCUUUAGUUGUCGUAAUGGCUACCUGUAAACAGUCUAUAUAUAUGAGGGGACAUACCGUAGAGUCCAUAUUAACGCGGUGUACGUAUAAAGUGGGUGUCCGGAUGAAGUUUAAUUCCCGCACCGUAAUUAACAGAUUCUCUGUCAAAUGUUAUGUCCUAAAGAAUUCUCCGUACGAGAAGAAAGCAUUCUAAAUCAGUUUUACUAAGUUAUCGAUUUCAUUGUAGAAUAUCCGACCUGAGAAACUCAUCCUUGGUUGGAAGUCCGUCGAAAAUAAUAGCCACUUUCCUCCUUUAAAACUCAGUGGCUUUGGUUUGGCCAAGAAAUUACCAGGUAAGAAUAUAUUUAACUUGCUGAUACAAAGACGUACCAUUUGAGAAUUGGAAGCAAAACACUGUUGGACCAUAAAAAUCCUCGUUCAGUACUAGCGUUUUACAGUCAAUCUGUUGUAUGAUUUUAGACUUUCAAUCUUUUAGACAAUUUAGACCUCAUCAGUUGUCCUAUUGAGGGAUCUCCGCUCUACCUCGCUCCUGAAACUAUCACUAAGCAACCCAUUGGAAGAGAGGUCGACAUCUGGGCCUGCGCAGUAAUAUUCUAUACUUUGCUUGUGAGUUUUUUUAUGCCUUACAUAUGCCUUUAAUUAAAAUCCAUUUCUUCUCCUCAUAUGGAAUAGGAAACAUCAUCGAAAGGUCACUCGGAGAAAGAAUCAAGUAACGCAUUAUUUUAUAGGGAACAAGUUACAUCAGGACUCCUGGCAAUCGUAUAUAUUUUUUAGUUUUGUCUGAUCUGUUUCUUCUCUUGCUUUUCUAAGGGGAAUUACAUCUCAUUAAUGUAUUGGAACGGUUAUUAGACGUGAAUCCAAAAUUAACUCGCAGUUGCUUUGGUUUACUCUACUUUACUAUACUAAGCUUGUGAUUGUGGAUACAUCUAGUCAGCGCGAGGUUCUCCGCCUCAGGGUAGAGCUUGUUGAAAACUCCGGUUGAAAACCUUUCCUGCGGCUUGAUUUAGCUAUGUUAGCAUGCAUGCAAACGUGUUAUAUGAUUAAUUUCCUUUCUUGCUCUCAGGGAACAACAAAAAAAAUAGCAGACGUUUGCUUAUAGGCCAUUUACUUCCCUUUCUGAUUGGCCUAUUGCCCCUGUGUGUGUAUUAUUUGGCCUUGAUCAGGCUUAGGGCAUAAAUUGCUCCCAGAGUGAUAUUUGUGUAAGUUUUUGUCUCGUCAGCCACAUAUAUAUGGAAAUAUUCCAAAUCUCCCUACAGGCUGGAUACCCUCCAUUCUGGAGUACAAAUCGGACGGAACUUUUUGGGCUUAUUGCCCGUGGAAAGUACAGUCUCCCAGACCAAGAAUGGAAAUCCAUCUCAGAUGGAGCCAAGCGGCUAAUUAAGAGCAUGGUAAGAAACUUUUUCCGGGGACGGUGCAACAUUGUUAAUACAACAGUAACUUUUUGCGUUCGAGGUAAGAGAACGCAACCCCUAAUUUGUUUUGGGUGUUCUGUGCAUUAUUGGGGUCCCUGUGCAAUUAAUAAAUAGUUCUUUCACGCCUUUGGUACAUAGAAAACAGUGUUAGAGCUUUGUUACAUAAGAAUAGUUGGCCUUGCACCGCGGAAAACACAAAUCACAGCGAAAAGAAGUCCAAAGCUACACCAACCUUUUUCUAUUUUCUAGUACACCACCUUCAAACGACCGUCUGCUAGGGAACUAUUGUUCUGAAAUUAGUUUGUUAAGUGGAAGACACAUUGUGUGAACCAAGUUCGAGUUAUCGAGUCAUUUUCGACUGAGUUAACCUCUUGUGAAAAUUCAAAUAAAGAUUAAGGCGAGGAGAGGUUGUAAAUGCCUAUGAAGUAGAAUCCAUCGUAGACCGCGUCUUACCGUCAGGGCUAUCUUGAUUUUUUUUUAGCUCUGGAGGGGGGGAGGGGGCGAGAAAAAAUUUUUCUCGCUUCCUCCCAAACCGCCCCCUCCCCCUAAGUAGUUUUGACACUCAUGCAAGAUGGCAGCCCGCAACGCAAAGCGUUCGAUCUCGAUGAUCUUUCGGAAAAAUAGAGGACUGUGAACAGUCUAAAUCCAUCCCCUUUCUGUCAGAUGUCACUAAUUUCCUUAACAUUAUUUUCUGUAGUUCAUGGUUGAUAGGAAUGAACGAGCAACAGCUACAGAGCUUGUUAAAGACCCGUGGACUCAGAAUAGAAAACUAUCGACCGCUCAUCGGAAAGGAACUCUUGAUCACCUCAACGCUUUUAAUGCCAAGAGGAAACUGCGAGGAGCUGUUUACACGAUUUUUGCCAUGAAAAGAAUGAUGGAAAACCCAGAGCCUUUGACGAAUGGCAUUUAA